GUUCAGACUUGUGCUCUUCUGAUCGAAUAAAGUUGCGAGGGGCACGCGCUUUUUGCGACUUCUUAUAACUUUGAAGCAACUCGUCUGUGGCUCAUAGCUCGCACGCGUCUUUCCAACUAAUCACGGGGCAAGAUCGGAGCUCUGGUUCCGAACCACGCAGUGAAACCGUGUGCUCGUUCUGACAUUGUAUAAUGGACGAGGAUAACAGUGUUUUGCCCGACUUGAAGGAUAUAGAGACCAAAUUGGGCCGAAAAGUUCCGGAUAGUCUCAUCCGUUCUCUCGUGGGAGGAAAACAUCACGACAAGCACGAGAAGUCAACAGCACCGCAUUUAGUGAAUUGCAAAUUUCGUGCCAAUAAUGCGGACUUGAACAGACUGGAGAGCAAAAUGCUGUUCCUGAAACAAGAAAUGGCACAUCUGCGAGCUAUUGAUGUGAAGCUGAUGCAGCAGCUUAUGUCAAUCAACGAGGGUAUCGAGUCCAUCCGUUGGAUGAUUGAAGACAAAGGAGGCGUUGCCAGCCAAGAUGGCAGCUUGACGGGCAGCUUGUACAGCCUUUCAGACAGCCAGGACGGUACCUCACUGCGAGGCAGCUUCAACAGCUUGAACGAUGCUAACAGUGACGGCCUAGAUGGUCUGUCUGUAGGUAGUUACCUGGACACUCUAGCAGAAGACCUCCCAGAUGACCCAUCGCCUACGGACCUUGACUGCUUUGUGGAUAAAACUGUAAUUGAUGGUGAAUCUUUCAGCAAAUCACCACUGAAACUCAGGGUGGAAUCAGAUGAAUACUACUGCUUUGGAUAGUGAUAAUAAGCUAAACACGGUGGUUACAGAGACUACUGGGAUAUAUUGUGAAGACAAAUUAAAAAUGUGUUCUUUACUUUGACAAAUGAAUACAGCUGUCAGGUUAUUUUUCACACAUGCUUCACAGUCUUCUCAUUAUAUCUUACCACAUAACUCAUGUUACGUCUUACAUUGAAACCAGCUUCCUUAUGUUGUGGAUUUGACACAGCUCAUAAAACCGUUGCCACUUAAUGCCACUCCAAAUGCAAAAAAACAAAUUAUCUAUGUCUUAAUUUUCUAUCGUGCAGAUUAAACUAAAAAAGGUGCUCUAUUAUGCAGAAAGAGCAAGUGUUAUCCAAUACCUCAGCAGUUUUUUUUUUACUUCUUUACCUUUUAGCCUAAAAUUGUUGAGGAAAGGGUGAAUUAAAGCAGCAACUUUAGCAGUUUCCUUCUUUAUCUGUGGAACAUUCAACUUGGACUUUAUGUUAGGUCAACCACAAUCAGCUGAUCUAAGCAAAGCAGUAGAUUAGGAUUUAGCAGCCAUUUGGAAAAUUGGACAUUUCAUGCUGAGUGAUUCAAGAGCCUUAACUGCUUAAAGUGGUGAAGUGGUUAGUUUAAGUGUUACAGCAAGUGCAGUUUGCUUCCAUGCCAAAUUCUGAGCACCACCUACUAUUUAUGUUAAGCUUUUCAUUGUUUUUUACUUCAGCAUUUUUGACUGAUGCUAAACCCCACGCAGCAACUGUAGAAUUUACAACAAGAAGUCUUAAACACAAGAGAUUAGCUGCACAUUGAAAGCACAGAUGCUCGACUGAAAACCAAAGCGAUCUGAUUGUCUUAUAGAUAAUGUAGGCCUUAGGCAAAACCCCGUUAAUACCAGAUGGGAGCGUUGUUGAUGGUGGACACAAGUGAAACACAUGUUUGCUCUGUAGGCACAAUUUAAUUCUCUGUGGUCAAAAAAGGUUGAAAGAGAGCUAUACAUUGCUGUACAUAAAUGUGUUAUUUUAGUCUUAAACUCCUUAUGUUGAUUUGUUUGACAUUUUAUUUUUAUGCUGCCUGCUUUUGAAAAUGAUUUUACUGAUUGCUGAUAACUUUGUUGUGGAAAUGAAAUAAUAUAUUGCAAUUUUCCUCCCACUCACAUUGUGUUGUUUUAAAUGCAAAGAAACACAAACGCAUGGCCUGAGCUGUUGAUUUGGUGUCGGUUUUUAGAAACAAUCAAAAAAAAAAAAACAGUUAAUUGACCUUGUUAUAGAAUCUUAAUGAGAUGGAAAGUGAACAUUAUGG